CGCAUCCCCCUGCGCUAGUGUGGGUGUGGAUCUGUGUUUAUCAUUAACACGAGCAAGAACGUAAGGAAAGCUGAGGGGAAAUAUAAAGAAAAUAUAAAACUCACCCGGAGAGUAAUAAUACCUUACUGUGAAACAGUGUGGUAAAGCUCCACUCCUCAUCUCAGAAUGGUGUUCUACACGUGUGGCCCCAAUGAAGCCAUGGUCGUGUCAGGGUUCUGCCGCGCUCCCCCACUGCUGAUUGCUGGAGGACGAGCGUUUGUCAUACCCUGCAUUCAACAGAUACAGAGAAUUUCCCUGAACACUUUGACUCUGAAUGUGAAAAGUGACAAAGUCUACACCCGUCAUGGAGUGCCAAUCUCGGUCACUGGGAUUGCACAGGUGAAGAUCCAGGGUCAGAACAAGGAGAUGCUGGCUGCGGCCUGUCAGAUGUUCAUGGGGAAGUCUGAGCAGGAGAUCGCUCACAUCGCACUGGAGACUCUGGAGGGGCACCAGAGAGCCAUCAUGGCCCACAUGACUGUGGAGGAGAUCUACAAGGACAGGAAGAAGUUCUCGGAGCAGGUCUUCAAGGUGGCCUCUUCGGACCUGGUCAACAUGGGCAUCAGUGUGGUCAGUUACACCCUGAAGGACGUGCACGAUGACCAGGAUUACCUCCACUCUCUGGGUAAGGCACGCACAGCACAGGUGCAGAAGGACGCCCGCAUUGGAGAAGCCAUGGCCAAGAGAGACGCUGUGAUGCGGGAAGCUCACGCGAUGCAGGAGAAGGUCUCCGCUCAGUAUGUGAAUGAGAUCGAGAUGGCGAAGGCGCAGAGGGACUUUGAGCUGAAGAAGGCAGCCUAUGAUGUGGAGGUCAACACCAAGAAGGCGGAGUCAGAGAUGGCCUAUCAGCUGCAGGUGGCGAAGACAAAGCAGCGCAUCGAGGAGGAGAGGAUGCAGGUGCAGGUGGUGGAGCGAUCCCAGCAGAUCAUGCUGCAGGAACAGGAGAUCACCCGCAAGGAAAGGGAGCUGGACGCGAAGGUGAAGAAGCCAGCUGAUGCAGAGCGCUACCGCCUGGAGAGGCUGGCUGAAGCAGAGAGGCUCCAGCUCAUCAUGCAGGCUGAAGCGGAGGCUGAGAGCAUCCGGAUCAAGGGAGAAGCGGAGGCCUUUGCAGUGGAAGUUAAAGCCAGGGCUGAGGCAGAGCAGAUGUCGAAGAAGGCUGAAGCUUUCAAGCAGUACAAGGAAGCUGCCAUGGUGGACAUGCUUCUGGAGAAACUGCCCCUGAUUGCAGAAGAGAUCAGCAAGCCCCUGUCCCAGGCUAAGAAGGUGACGAUGGUGUCGAGUGGCAAUGGAGAUGUCGGAGCGGCCAAACUGACUGGGGAGGUGCUGGACAUCAUGAAGCGCCUGCCUGAGGCCAUGGAGAAACUGACCGGUGUCAGCAUCACUCAGCUCUCGCUGGAAUCUUGAGCUUGCUGGGAAACCCGGACGACUGGGUUGAAAACAUCACAGGCUCUCGGAUUUACUGCUCCCAAUGGAAACGUCUCCCUGUCUGCCUAUCCCUGUCUAACCCUGUCUGUCUGCAUGUGCCCAAUGACUGCCUGAAGUGCAUCUUAUAAAACACAGAGAACAAACGCUGAACCACAAGAUAUUUGUGUAUUUUCACCCCAUUUUCGCCAGUCAUUAAUGCGUAUUUUUUGGAAAACAGAAAAAAAAUAAAAACACUGCCCCUUGAACCAAGCAAGUAUGUGACAAAGACACAGUUGCUUGUUUCACUCGCCUUCCUUUGCAUAGUUAUUUUUGAGCUGACAUUGAAUCUUCAUUGAAACAUGAGUACAACCUGUUAAUUGAACUCGAUGCGAUACGUUUGUCUUUUUUUUCGGUACAGCUAGAACACUGCCUGUCCGAGGUGUGGCCCUAAUCAAACAAAAGGAUGUUAAUUACAUUCCAACACCAACCUUGUUAUGGUCCGAAAGCAAAUCAGAAAGACCUGUCUCUGGACUAGCCCAGUAAAAGCCUUGUCGAUUUCCUGUCACCAGUGUUAAGCAUAAAAUCUCCUGGGUCGUUAAUGGAAAAAUAAAAAAAAACUGAUUGGUUGUAAGACUGAACAUAUUUGUAACACUAAAUUUAGGAGUAUACUUCAUUUGCUUUCUUCUUGUUUUCCAGGAUAUAAUCGCCCCUUUAACAGGUUUAACAGACAUUCACUUCUGUCCACAGAGAUGUUGCUGACUUGUAGUAGUGUGGUAUACUCUCAUCAUAGGGUUUUUGGGUACAUUAUUUGUUUCAUUCAUUCUUGUAUACUAUAUAUUAAAAAAAAAAAAAAGGUUUUUCCUGGUCAGUUUUAACUCUUUCAACUCUGCAUUCCUACGUGAAACUGGAGACAACUAUUGUAGUAAAGAAACUAAACUUGUGUGUGUUAUAUAUAUAUAUAUAUAUAUAUAUAUAUAUAUAUAUAUAUAUAUAUAUAUAUAUAUAUAUAUAUAUAUAUAUAUAUAUAUAUAUAUGAUGUGUGUUUUCUUUUCUGUAAAGAAAGGUUACUCAUGCUGAAAUAGAAUAAAACAUGAAUUACAUUUUAUCUAGAGGUCCAUUACCUUGAAACCCCUAAUCCCUGGAAACCUGAUUCUAAAAUUACAGAAGAGACAUUGACAGAAAAACUGUUUGUGUUGCUACCGAUAGACCCUUCCUAUGUUUAUGUUUUCACCUGUGGAGUCCCAAGCGUUCCCAUCGUGCCCGACUAUCACAGAUAUCUUCUGUUACUAUCACUAUUUUAUACUGAACGUCUAUUUAAAAAAACUAGUAAAUAAAUGGUACAGAAUCAUAGACGUUAGAAAUAUUUACACUUUGAAAAACCAAUGCCCCUGCCUUAACAAUUUGUAUGUGACAGAAGGAGACUUAUUUAAAUGGUAGUUGCAGUCCGGUUACUGAAUCUUGUAAUGCUUGGAUGUUUUCAAAUUUAUUUUAUUAAUAUUAGAAUUGUUGUAUGUUAGUUACGUGCCAAAAAAUGAAAUACGACCGUGUUUGGCUUGUAGGAAAAAAGUAAUCCAUUGUGCACUGUAUCUAGAGAAUGUGAAAUGUACAAAUAUAUUCUGUUUGCUAAUCAGA